AUGUCUUUACUGCCCAUGUUUGCAUCUCAGUUUGCUGACAAAACCCUAACAGUGUAUGUGGGAUCCACAUUUAUCCAAGAGGCUUUAAGGAGAGCCAGAGAGCUGACAGAUGCAGCUUAUGCCCACACCAGUGAAAGGGUAAAGAUGUCAGUAUCAGAAGGUUCUUUUCGGCCAACUGACCUUUUGGCUCAGUUUAAACAGAUUGGUGCCAGUACCAGAGCUCAUAUCAGAGCUGCAGAACUUCUGGACAAUACAGUAGAGGUCAUCAGAGAGAUGGUUUACACACAUACCAUGGCGAAACCUAAACACACUGAGCUGUUGAGUGUGGAGGAUGUGGAGACUUUGUUGGAGGCUACAGGGUGUUUAAUGGAGAUUAAAAAACCUGUGUGCAAAAGCGACUGCCUUUCAAAGCGCUACCGUACCAUCACAGGCCAGUGCAACAACAGAAAACAUCCCCUUUUGGGAGCAGCUAAUACUCCUUAUGCCCGAUGGCUUCCCCCAAACUAUGAAGAUUUUCACGGGGCACCGAGAGGCUGGAACCCACAGCACACGUACAACAACUUUACGCUGCCCUCAGUUCGAGCAGUGUCCCAGGAAGUCUUAUACACCCAGAAUGAGAAGAUUUCUCUGGAUUUGUUUCUGUCUCACCUGUUAGUAGAGUGGGGGCAGUGGAUUGAUCAUGACCUAUCACUGACACCCCAAAGCCCCAGCACAGCUUCAUUCAAGACUGGAGCUGACUGCACCCAUACCUGCAGCAGAGACACUCCAUGCUUUCCUAUCCAGAUUCCUCUUUCUGACCAUCGUCGAGUUGUUCAAAGCUGCAUGCCGUUUUUCCGCUCCGCCCCCAGCUGUGUUGGUGCCUCUGUUGUGUGCCGUCACAGAGAGCAACUGAACGCCAUAACGGCCUUCGUAGAUGCCAGUAUGGUGUAUGGAAGUUCAGAUGAGCUUGCUCGCUCGCUGCGUAACCUGUCCUCGCCACUUGGCCUACUCGCACAUAACCAGCAGUAUUCAGAUCACGGACUGGCCGUCCUGCCUUUUCUACCUCACACUCAAACUCAAAUUGAUCCUUGUGGGCCCCAACAAGGCACCAGUACCACCUCACAGUUAAAUACAAAGAACACAACGUCAAUGGGCAACAUGACCUUCUGCUUUCAAGCAGGUGAUUCUCGGGUUAAUGAGCACCUGGGGAUGAUUGCUCUGCACACUUUAUUCCUGAGAGAGCAUAAUCGAUUAGCCAAGGAACUACACAAGCUUAACCCCCACUGGAGUCCGAACACAUUGUACCAAGAGGCCAGGAAAAUCCUAGGAGCUGUCCAUCAGGUCCUGACAUGGGAUCACUACUUGCCUCAUAUCCUAGGAAACAGGGCGUAUGCUGAGCUCAUGCCACCCUAUAAGGGUUAUAAUCCUGAGGUGGACCCUAGCAUUACCAAUGGCUUUUCCACUGCUGCCUUCCGCUUUGCCCAUGUUACUGUACAGCCCAUAGUAAAUCGACUCGGACCUGGCUACCAGCUCAACCCUCAGCAUCCACCACUGCCUUUACACCACUCUCUGUUUGCCUCCUGGAGAAUAGUGGAGGAAGGUGGGAUAGAUCCAGUGCUGCGUGGCUUGUUGUUGUCUCCAGCAAAGCUACAGGAUCCAGAGAAGAUGAUGGUAGAGGAGCUUACAGAGAGGCUGUUCCAGGCUCAGGGUGGACUGCCACUGGACCUUGGGGCUCUAAACUUGCAGAGGGGACGUGAUCAUGGCCUGCCUGGUUACAGUGCAUGGCGAGAGUUUUGUGGCCUUUCUGUCCCUUCUAACGAAUCAGAUCUUACUGAAAUUCUGGGGAACACAGGUUUGGUGCAUAAGCUGCUUGGGUUGUAUGGUACAGUCCAAAACAUUGAUGUGUGGGUUGGUGCUAUCUCAGAGCCAGCACUGAAUGAUGGAAGAGUGGGACCUUUGCUUGCCUGCUUGCUCACCAAACAGUUCCAAGCUCUUCGAGAUGGAGACAGGUACUGGUGGGAGAAUGAUGGUGUAUUCAGCCCUGCUCAGAGACACUCGCUGAGGACUGUGUCUCUCUCUCGCAUCAUCUGUGACAACACACACAUCUCUCUGGUACCAUCGGACCCCUUUGUACGCACAUCCUAUCCUGACCAGCUGCUGCCCUGCACACACACAAACAUCACACAUCUUAACCCUUCUGCAUGGAAAGAGCCAGAUGCUGAUCCAGUGUGCGGCUCCAUUCCUCGGCUGAAAGUGGGUUUCUCUGUGCUGUGUAAUUCAGCAGUGUUGUACCAGUGUCCCUCUGGCUACCAGCUGCAAGGGGCUACGCAACUGAUCUGUGAUCCCAAUACACACCUGUGGACUCCGAACCCGCCCAUCUGCCAAGAUAUAGAUGAGUGUUCCAAAGAGUCUUCAGUAUGCCCUACAAACCUGCAGUGCCACAACACACCAGGCUCCUUUAGCUGCUCAGAAUCUGCUCCUCCUCUUUCUGCCUCCUCUAUUGCUGCUGCUGUAAUGGCAGUGCUGGGAGGUGUUGCUGUGAUUGCUCUUAUAAUGACCUGCUAUUCAAGAUUUUUUCUGAAAAAGGCUGAGGAGGUCAACAGGACAUGCUGUGAUAGAAAACACUAA